UUGCUACUCGCUCAUGACGCUCUCCCAACUGCGUUACCGCCUCCGUCUCGAGCUUUGUCGUGUUCGUUGAUGGUCGCUGUUUGCUUUAAUUGGCCAAACUCGGUACGAAUCAGGCUUGCGAUUGCACUCAACGGAAUUGGGUCGUUCUCUGUUUCGCAGCAUUUGGAGUGGAUAUGGAGUAAAUUAGGGUUCCAGACUGGGUUCAGCACAAGGUGGUAGGGUUAGUAAUUCUGGUGAUUUGGAGAAGUUGCGAGAUGAUUCGGUGCAUUGUGAGUGGUUGCUGAGGUUUGUGGAUCCUUUUUUCGCAGUUUUGAAAGUAAGGUUUGAGCGGAUUCGCAAGAGCAAAUUUAACCAGGUAGGGACGGAUCAGUUGCUGGCGUUGCUGCGCCCAACAGCAAGAGACUCGUUAGCAUCCAGCAAAGCGAGGUUGAGGACUCGACGCCAACAUGACUUACUUGGAAGAUUACAUUUCGAGUGUGCAGACACUUCCAACUGAGCUUCAAAAAAACUAUCAGCUACUACGGGAGCUAGAUCAAAAAUUUCAAGCUUUACAGAAGCACAUGCAGGUGCAAUGUGCGAAAGGGCUGGAGGAGGUUAGAAAGGCCAAAGAAUCUGGAAGUGCUUCCCCUGAUACUGUAGCUUUACAGCAUUCAAACGAAGUUCUUAAUGUUCACAAGGCAUGCCUCACAGUAGCUGAGGAGAAAGUAUUUCUAGCUGUACAGACAUAUGAUUUGGUUGAUGGUCAUAUCCAAAGGUUAGAUAAAGACUUGAAGAAGUUUGAAGAGGAGCUAAGAAGAGAUAGAGAGGCAGCUGGAGGAGGUCUAUUGUCAGCAGAGCCGCGGUUAGAUGGUGUGGGUGGUACGCUUGGAAGAGAUGGAGGAGAUGGAACCAGAUUCGGUCGCAGGAAGGGUGCUGGGUACAGCGGAGGAGGUGGAGGGCAGACAAUACCUACAAACGUCAAUGUAGAGUUGGAUCUCCCUGUCGAUCCAAACGAACCAACAUAUUGCUAUUGCGGACAGGUUUCUUAUGGCGAGAUGAUUGCUUGUGAUAAUUCUGAGUGUAAAAUCGAGUGGUUUCACUUUGACUGUGUGGGGAUCAAGGAGAGACCGAAAGGAAAGUGGUACUGCAGCGACUGUGCAGUUGUCAUGAAGCGGCGACGCCCCAAAUUAUCAAUAGGGGGGAAAGCUGGCCAUCCUAGCACAAAGAAAGUCCACAGUGACUUUCAAUAUUCAUAGCUUGUCCCAGUUACGACCAAGGGAGAAAAUACAUGUUACAUACCAAAGCUUCUAACCACUUGAGGGGAUUUGUAAGUAGUCCAUUUUUAUCUUUGCCCACUGAAAGGUGAGCGACCUGAGCCGCCGCGGCUGGUGACGUUGCAGACCAUUCUCUGAAGCAAAUCAAAUGGACAUUUAUCGUAAAAAAGACGUUUAUCAGGUAGCUUCUUGUGGAAGGCUACGGGAUCUUCUAGAUUCUUUAUGAACUGUAUGAUAUAGCAAAAAUGUACCUUGCAACUUUUCUUCAGGCAAGAUAUUUUGGUGCCAGAAAUCUUCAGUUCCAAUGUGCCAAACGAAGUUGCUGAAACAACACAGUUCUGUUUCAUGCGUGGGAGACAAAGCAGUACUGCAAAUUUUUCCCUUCUGAUGUUUAAGUUGAACCUGACAAACAAACAGUGGCCUCUACGUUAGUCGUCUAUUGGAUAAGGAUAUAGAUAGACAACAACCUUGCCCAGGUGUACAACAGAAUUGAAAACUUUAGUGAUGGCACAGCAUGUUUUUCCCAUCACCAUGCUACAGAUUUGCAGGCGUAGUGUAGAGUACAAUAGUGUAGAGUCUGUCAGGCUUUAGAGGUCAUAUAUCAGUGACUCUUUUCUCACAAAAGGAACAGUAUGGAGAUGUUUCAUUGGUGCAUUUAAGACAUUCAAAAGCUUGCUGUUGACUGGUUGAUAUUCACCAUUUUUUUAAUUC